AUGACUGACAGAUCGCCUCAACAAUUUCAUAAAGAUCCUCACGUUAAUGGCUCGAUAGGUAGUAACUCUUCUCGAGGUGGUCAUUCUAGUGAAGAGAAUGGUAGAUCUUCUGGUACCCCUUUUCGUACUUACCAUAACGCUGAGGCUAGUUUCCAAUCUUCACCAGAAGGUUCUCCCUACCGAAUCAAGACGCCCCAAUUAACUCCUUAUUCGAAACCAUAUACUGAUUAUCCUCAACAUAAAUUUCACGGUUGUUCUUCGAUCGACGAUUACGAAUUUAUGGACAAACUUGGUGAAGGAACUUUUGGUGAAGUGCACAAGGGUAAACACACAAAGAGCGGUAAAAUUGUCGCGUUAAAGAGAAUAUUGAUGCAUAACGAAAAAGAGGGAAUUCCUAUAACGGCUAUACGUGAAAUUAAGAUUUUAAGGCAACUAAAUCAUCAAAAUGUUGUGAGUCUAUCGGAUAUGGCUAUUGAAUAUGAUACUCCUUCUGAUACUCAACCCUCAAUUUAUAUGGUUUUCCCAUAUAUGGAUCAUGAUCUUGCUGGUCUUUUGGAAAAUCCUGAUGUUGUUUUUACUCCUCCACAAAUUAAAUGUUACUUGAAACAAUUACUUGAAGGAACUUUUUAUUUACACAAUCAACAUAUAUUACAUAGAGAUUUAAAAGCGGCAAAUUUGUUAAUAGAUAACAAAGGAAUACUUAAGAUCGCUGAUUUUGGUCUAUCAAGGCCAUUACAAGAAAAGACAUUAACUGGAUGUGUUGUUACUCGUUGGUAUCGCGCUCCUGAACUACUUCUUAAGUCAAAACGUUAUGAUACGGCCAUUGAUAUGUGGGCGAUUGGGUGUGUAUUUGGUGAAAUGUUAAAAGGAAAACCUAUUCUUCCUGGUCGUUCUGAUCAAGACCAGUUGGAUCAAAUAUAUAAAUUAUGUGGAACUCCCACUGAAGCAACUUGGGAAGGUUAUACUACUUUAUCAAAUGGUAUGGAGAUUGUACCGAAUAAAUACCCUAGAAGAGUUGUAUCUGAAUUCGAAAAGUUCGGUCCACAUGCUGCCGAUUUAUUAGAUAAAAUACUUAUUUGCAAUCCCAAAGAUCGUCUAAAUGCUUUUCAAGCAUUGGACCAUGAUUAUUUCUUUACUGAACCUUUACCAGCUGAUCCUAAAAAUUUACCAACAUAUGAUUCGAGUCACGAAUAUCAUCAUCGAAAACCACAAAAGAAAGAACGCGAAGUAGCUAAUAGAAAUGAUGAAGAAUCUGCUAGAGGCAGUAAUUCAACUCAGGAUGGCUAUCGUCAAAAUAAAAAAGAUCGUAGAUCUAAAAAGAGAAAUAGUCGAACUCCGGAUACUUCUCAUUCUAAAAAAGUACGAAUCAAUGAUCAACGAGACCCACGAGACCAGCCUCCUCGUCGUCAUGCUCUUCCAGAAAAACCAAUUUCAAGAAAUUAA